GGGCAGCGGCGCGGCGCCUGACCGCGGGGCUCCGCUCCGCUCCCGAGGAUGCUGCGGGGCGAUGCCCGGCGACAGGGAGGACGAGAUCUGCCAGAAAGCGCUGCAGCUGCUGGCCGAGCUGUGCUCCGUCGGGGCGGUGGACAACGAGAACUGCCGGGAUUUCAUCUACUACCUGCGGGACAGAGCCCGGCCCCGCCUCAGCGACUCAGAUAUCUCCAUCAGCUUGCUGUCCCUGGUUGUCACAGCCUGUGGCCUGGCCCUGUUUGGCGUGUCCCUGUUCGUGUCCUGGAAGCUGUGCUGGAUCCCGUGGCGGGAGCGGGGCUUGCCCUUCGGGAACAAGGACAGCAAGCAGGAGCCGCUGCACUACGCGGACGCGGACGCCAAUGACCGCGACUACAGCGAGGAUUACCUGGGGCAGCCCGCCGCCUUCCCCGAGGCCUCCAUGAAGAUCAGCCACACCUCCCCUGACCUCCCUCUGGACACCCAGGCGGGGAACAAGGAGAACUGCGUGCCCAAUGUGCGGAUGCAGCGGCAGAUCACCGAGCCCACCUCGUCUGACCGGCACAAUUCACUCCGGAGACAGCUCAACCUGUCCAACCCUGACUUCAACAUCCAGCAGGUUCAGAAGCAGGAGCAGCUGACGGGCAUCGGCCGCAUCAAGCCGGAGCUGUACAAGCAGCGAUCGCUGGACACGGACGAGGGGCGCAGGAGCAACAGCAAGGCCUGUGGAAAACUCAACUUCAUCCUCAAGUAUGACUGUGAUUUAGAGCAGCUGAUAGUGAAGAUCCACAAGGCCGUCAACCUGCCCGCAAAGGACUUCUCUGGAACUUCAGAUCCGUACGUGAAGAUCUAUCUGCUCCCCGACAGGAAAACAAAACACCAGACUAAAGUGCACAGAAAGACCCUAAAUCCAGUGUUUGAUGAAGUUUUUUUAUUUACUGUCCCGUACAAUGAUCUCAACGCGAGGAAACUCCAUUUCUCUGUGUAUGACUUUGACAGAUUCUCCAGGCACGACUUGAUUGGCCAAGUGGUAGUGGAUAAUUUUUUAGAUUUGGCAGAUUUUCCCAGGGAAUGUAAUAUUUGGAAGGAUAUUGAAUAUGUCACCAAUGAUAACGUGGAUCUUGGUGACCUGAUGUUUUCACUCUGCUACCUUCCAACAGCGGGAAGACUAACUAUUACAAUAAUAAAGGCAAGAAAUUUAAAGGCAAUGGAUAUCACAGGAGCAUCAGAUCCCUACGUGAAGGUUUCUUUAAUGUGUGAAGGAAGGCGGCUAAAGAAAAGGAAAACUUCCACCAAGAGGAACACCCUAAAUCCCGUUUACAAUGAAGCCAUAGUCUUUGACGUCCCUCCAGAAAACAUUGACCAAAUUAACUUGUCGAUAGCUGUUAUGGAUUAUGACCGUGUAGGUCACAAUGAGGUCAUUGGAGUUUGUCAAGUAGGCAACGAUGCAGAGAGCCUAGGUCGCGACCACUGGAACGAAAUGCUCUCGUACCCUCGGAAGCCCAUCGCUCACUGGCAUCCUCUUGUGGAGGAAUCGAGUGGGGGAGGGUGUCCAGCGCAUCCAGGCUGUGCAGAGAAAUAUAUACACAGCAUAUCAUUUUGGUUCCUGAAUCAGGACUAGACUCAGCGAGAGCUUCUGGAACCUCUGUGGCCACAGCCAUAGGACCCUGAAUAUUUGCUGAAUAGGACCCUCAGUCUUCUACUGUGUGAAGAGCUAUUGGUUUCAAGUAGCGUGAUGUUAUCCACUUGUAGCAUUAAUUCUCCAGCUGACACUUCUGCUACUGAUAGAUUAUUUGUAUGGUCGUAAGCAUUACCCAAAUUCAAGUCUUCAUUUCUGUUUGGUAGAAUAACCCAGGUUCCACAAGCAAAAUGACAGCAACCUAAACCAACAGAUAUGGGAAGCAGCAACAAAUAUUGUCCUUGUAUUUGCAAAAAAGGUGCAGUAUUGUGAAUGGUUAGCUUUCUGAGUAUCUUUUUUUUUUUUUCAAGAAUGAUUGCCAUCAGAUAUUUAUUUUUUGAUGACAAGUUGCGUCCUCAGUGUCAGCUGGUGCCUCCUUUCACCUGACAUGAAAACAAAUUAAUACAGUUCCUUGCAGAAACCCUUCAAAUCUGAAAAACUGUAAAAAAAGUUCUGCUGGGUGAGAACAAGAUGCAUAUGGUAUUUGUAAUGACAGCAUGUUCUUUGAGAAAGGAGAUAGCCAUCUGUACAACAUGGAGGUUGUUAGUCCUCAACCUUUGGAGAUGAUUUUCCAGUCGAUGUUUCUGAGUCGUGUCCACGGCGCUGCAAACUGUUGGGAGCGUGUCCCAGGUGGCAAUGCUGGAUCAUCCAAACAAGCACACACACCCUGUGUCGUUUGAAAACGCUGUUCCAAGUCUGUAGUGCCUGUGAAGACUUCCUUUAUUAUUUGUGGUAGAAUUAGCAGGGCUGUUUUACAUGAUGGUAUGUUGUAAAUUCUGACAAAUUCCGACCAUUAAAAGAAAAUGAAUCUGAGCACUGCAUUCUGUCAUGUAAUGAAAUUUGUGCCCCAAAGCAGGAGACCCUGGGAUGAAUUUUUCCCCACUUAUUUAGCCACGCAUGGAGUUCUCUCAUCCUCCAGCGUUUUCUACAGAGAACUUGACUCACGUCUUUACCUGGGAAUUUUUUUGUUUAAAAGAUGCAAAGUAUGGAUGUUUUCUACAACAGAGCUGUCUGCUGUGUGCUUACAGAGAGGGAGCCCUGGUUAUUAAGUAGAGUUCAGAUAAGUUAAUGUGCACACACAUUGCUUCACAUCUUGAAUGUGACGAAUGUUCACCAAGAAUUUUGGAUCUGCAGCUCUGCUGACACAAAUUGUGCAUGCACAGAUUGAAGAAAUAUCUAAAAUUUUGGCCUCGAGUCUGAAAAGUUAGUCCCAUAACCUAUCAGUGCAGAUCUUCAGAAUUCAGAAAAUCAGAAUUACUUGUGAGUAAAGAAUGUCUUGGAACUUGCAGGAGAUCUUGGAUCUGCUGUGAAUGUAUGCUGCAGGUAUAAAUCCAAAUUCCUGUAUGCACAGCGGUUUUCAGAAAUCUCUUGCCAUGCUGUGCAGAGCACAGCUGCCACAGGCAAGGACAUACCUGGCAAACUAAACAGCACUUCCAAACCUGCCCAAGCACAAUUUCAGGAGGACAACUGCUGGGCAUUUCCAAAAGAAUGAAAAUAAUGUUGCCAUGGCAAAACUGUUCCGCUGCACCUUCAGCUUUCUAUCAGGAGGCCGGUGGUACAUGACAAUGUGCAUAUCUGCUCAUGCAUGAGCCUCCCCUGGGGCAGAAUCCUGUGCUCUUUACCCAGGCUCAUCUCCCAGGAGCCACAGAGAGGAGAUGGGCCUGAGCAAAGCAGGAGGAGCUCUUCCUUUGGAGUAGAGUUCUGUGAUUUCCCAGAUAAAUCAUUCUGCAUCUCACCUCUGCCCGGAAUGCAGAGCCAGGCACGCUUCCCACGGCAACAUCAGCAACAGAAACUGCUGGCAAGGGGAGAACUCCUACACAACAGGCUCAGUGUGUCCCUGGAAAAGUGCAGGAGCCUUUCUAGGAUUUGUCCCCAGCAGCUCAAAGGGGCAUCAGCUGAAAAGUGGUAUCAUUAUAAUUGCCAGUGGGUUGCAGUUCUUUUAUUUUAUUGCCAUGCUCGGUUUAUUUAAUGCUCAAGGGUCUGGCAUCAAAAGAAUUAUUUUGAACGGCAUUCUACUAAAACAGGGAAAGAAAUCUCUGUGACAGUGAGCAUUUAAAGUGGAAUCCAGCAGACUUCAAAGGCUUAGAGAUGAGGAAAACCCCCUAAAUCUAUUGAAUUCUCGGAAUUUUUGCUCAUGACUUGCAAACUGUAACUCAGGCUGUGGCAUUACUAUGUGCUUUUACAAAUACCUGCCUUACCAUAGUAGUGCAUCUAUGGAAUGAUAGAUAUUUUCUAUAUUUGGAUACUUCACUCUUCACCUUUAUACUCCACUUUACCAGUGAUAUUCUCUAGACCCAAAAUAUUUUUGUGUUCUGGUUCUGGUUGGCCAGUAGACUGCUGCUGCUGUCUUCAGACUGUAUUACAAAAAUACCACAGCCUGCUGGAAGGACCAGAGGAUGGAUAAUUCUGCUACAAACUCAGCUGGAAACCCAGGGAAAGCUAUGGUCCCAAUGCUGCUCAGUCUUUCUUUUCUAAGCUGUGAUUCUCAGUGGUAAAUUAGCAGCAGACUCACAAGGAUGAUUUCAAAGCUGAAGCCCUCAUUUGUUUUCUUAUUUGCUGUGAAUGCAUUAUUACACUGUAUGACAAGUAUCAUAACUCUAAAAUAGAAGAGAAAAUCGCUUAGAAAUGCAUCUCAGCAAGAUCUUAAUCCCAUUUUGCUCUUUAACAACGUGCUAUUAAAUGGUUACUUUUAGUUUUCCGUAACGAGCCUCGGUGUCAGGUGUUGCUCUGUGGAAAAGCAGUGAGUGGCCAUGGGAAAACCUCCCAAGUUUCUGACAGUGAGGCCGAGUCCCACGGACAGUGGCCUGAUACUCCCAUGACAAAACACUCACAGAGCAGCUGAGUGCUCAAAUAUUUCUUUAUCUACUUCCACUGAAAUCACAAGACAUGAAAAGCAUUGCUUUUUCCUUUUAUUUCGCUUUUCCCUGCAAACAGCCCCGGCAGUGGAUGAGCAGACAUUCAUCUCAAUCUGGGGAAGUGGGGACUACAGAAAACAGAAUAGAAAACCAAUAUGUAGCAUAGAAGGUGUUAAAACUGUUGUUACCAGCCCAGUUUUCCAUGCCAGCAGGUCCAUAAAACACAAAAGCAGCAGGUGUGAGACACUUGUUACAUCAAGAUCCAAUUUAACCCCUGGUAGGGGAACUCCUGGAUCAACACAAAAUGAAACAACAGCAAAGGGCAAUGCAAAAGAAUUUAAAAAAAAAAGGAGGUUAUUUUAGUCCACCCUUCUUGCUUGAGAGGAUUGUUGUUGAGAGGGCUUUUGGGUUGUUUUCAUUCUUUGGUUUGGUUUGGUUUCAUGUACCAAGCAUGGUAUGUAGCUGUAUUAACAUGAGAACCCAAAGCCAGAGCCACAAGAGAUGUAUUGAUUUAUAUGUUUAUCACCUGGCAACAUUUGAGCACUUGAGGAGAUGUGUCUGCAAUUGAAA